AUGGCAGACGCUCUCACCACCACCGACCUCCAAGGCGCCCUGCCUCUUGUUGCUAGGGGCAAGGUGCGCGACCUAUACAAGGUCGACGACAAGACCCUGCUCUUCGUCGCAACAGAUCGCAUCUCCGCAUACGAUGUGAUCAUGGAGAAUGGCAUCCCGAACAAGGGCGUUCUCCUCACCCUCUGCACCCGAACCUGGUUCCAGGUCCUGACGGAAGCAAUUCCCUCGCUGCGCACACACUUCCUCACCCUCGACCUCCCGCCCCAGAUCCCCGCGCCGCUCCGUCCCGUGCUGCAGAACCGGAGCAUGCAGGUGCGCAAAUUGCGCAUUCUGCCCAUUGAAGCCAUUGUCCGUGGUUACAUUACUGGUUCGGCGUGGAAGGAAUACCAGAAGUCAGGCACCGUGCAUGGCAUCAAGGUUCCUGCUGGGUUGAAGGAGAGCGAGGCCUUUCCCGAUGGCCCGAUCUAUACGCCGAGCACGAAGGCAGAGCUGGGGGAGCACGAUGAGAAUAUCCAUCCGGAUCAGGCGGCUGCGAUUGUCGGAGAACAAUACGCGUCGACCAUUGCGUCGCUGGCAGUGACGCUGUACAAGGCCGCACACACCUACGCCCUCGAGCGCGGGGUGAUCAUCGCCGACACCAAGUUCGAGUUCGGCGUCGACGAAGAGACCAACGAGGUCGUGCUGGCCGACGAGGUCCUGACCCCGGACUCAUCCCGGUUCUGGCCGAAAGACUCCUAUGAGGUUGGGCGUGGACAGCAGAGCUUCGAUAAGCAGUUCUUGCGCGACUGGCUGGUGCAGGAGGGAUUGAAGGGGAAGGAGGGUGUGCGAAUGACCGAGGAGAUUGCACAGAAGACGGCAGACAAGUAUAGGGAGGCGUGGGAGAAGAUCACUGGGGGUAAUUAG